AUGAAUACAGUAAAAAAGAAAGUAAAAGAUGUGCUCUCUGACCAAAUCCCUCCACGUCGUUCUGAGAUUCCUUUUAUCCGAUGGAUGAGAAUGUCGUUUUUGCUUAUUUGUUAUGUAUCUGUAGCAAUCUUUUUUUGCUGGAAAGCGUAUAAACUGGCCCAAGACGAGAGAACUUUAACCUAUGGACAAGAUGAUAGUGUUGGUGUUCCUUCACCGAUUGCCUAUUUUACUGCUUUCUAUAACUUCGCUGUCGACUGCAUUCAAUUCUAUAAUGAUGGCACAAAUAUUACUUGUAACCAAUAUAUCAGUAGCACUGAGUUUGAUCCAGACGCCAGCUUGUACUAUGCAAGUUUCAAUGGAUCCGACUUGGAGUUUCUUGAUCACAACGACGAUAAAAACGUCAAUAAAAACGUCAAUAAAAACUUCUUAGAAGAACUUGACAUGACGAUUUCUAUAACGGAUAAAACAUUUGGUGCCAAUACUGAUGCUUUCCUGUUUGCAACGUUUCUUGACAAAGAAACACAAGUUGAUUUGGCAAAAGCAUACGCCAAAAAACCGCGGUUUAAAGGAUUGAGUGACUACGAAUCUACAGCGUAUUCUGGUAACACGUACUUUUUUGGCAAAAACCAGUCGUAUGAUUUUCUUUACGAACGCAAAAUAUUUAAUCGUCUUAGGCAAAAUGACGUUAACAGACUUGCUGGACAAGGUGACCAUAGGAAAAUAACGUUGAUAGACAGCAUAUUGGUACCUUAUCCGCCUGAUGACACAAAUUACGUGACUCUAAGAAUAAGACCCAAAUCUUAUAUAGUCGUGACAGAAACAGAAAACUCUGAUUCUUCAGUAAUCGAUUUCCUCAGUGCUGUGGGUGGUAUAUACGCUACUGCAAUGGGAAUCUAUGCGUUCUUAUACGGCGCCGAUGCAAUCGAUCCAUGGGGUUUUGUCCAAAAUUUGCCGUGCGUUCGCGGCAGAGUUAAGGCUGGUCUCCGCGAUAGUCUACGUCCGAAUAUUCCAUUCUCAGACUCUGUAUUGUCAAAAGGUCUUUCAAUCGACGAGAAAUUUGCGACCAUGGAACAAAGACAGCUUGCAUUGGAACUAUUUUUAAAGGAAUACGUUGUAAGCGUAGACAACAUCGUAGAAGAUGAAAAUGCUGUGAGGGGUGUUGGUGAGAAGGAUACAAACGUUUAA